UCACUCCUUAUAAUCCCGUCUCAAAUACUCAAGACACUUCUGAUAAAUAACCCAGCUGCUCAAGUUGCCAGGCAGAAGAACGCCCUUAAUGCCUCGGAAUGAGUCAAAUGCGCGUAGUGGUAAACGAGAUAUAAGGCCUCGGCCAGCCUUGGGGAUGUUCGAGUCAAUGACCUGAAGGUGUUGCUCCCUGAGGUCCUUGACAGCCCGUUCGUAAUAUGCUGGGCAUUCUUCGAGGACCUUGGAUGCCCCGACGUCGUCAGGUAGCUCAGUUGUAGUCUUCCAUGCAGCGACAUACUGGUGAUCGUCUUGCCUUGCACCCCCGGCAUUGUCGCAUGCGACUGGCUGGGCGUCUUCAUAAGCCUUCUUCGUGCGGUCAGUGAUUUCGCUAUUCUUGCUGUGCUGCGUAGUCCGAUACUUGUUCUCCAU